AUCGGAGAACUUUAUAAUCUAGAGUAUGGUUAAGUCCCAUAAUCUUUUUGGAAAAUAUUUAUAAAAACGUUAAUUAACAGCAGAGCAAAUUCCGGCUAGAAAAAAGUGGAAACCUCUUAAUCGCUUUAUCGUCGAUUGAUUUUGGUAUUUUAUCGAAAAAAGCUGCGGGCACACUGCACCAAAUCUAUCAUCAGACACUGACUGUCAUUUCAAAUUCAAAAUUCUUGAAUAAAUCAAAAUGCAUUUGAUUUCCACUUCCAAGAAAACUGUGCUCUCUGACUUUGCGGACCUCGAGACAAAGUCCGAAUAUGCACAUGCUGGUGGUGAACCGAGGGACUUUCAGUUCAAUGGCCAGGGACGCGUUUUUGUCGAGGUGGAUAAAAUGGCGGGCUUGGCGGUGAUGCGGAUAAAGGAGAACGAGGAGAAGACAGGUCCCGAGAUUCAGCGAGUCCGCAAGCUCACCAUUGACAAUGCCUACUGUGUGGCCUGCGCCAAGCAAACGCUCGAAGAGAUUGCUGUGGGCCAGAGCGGCAGCAUUAAGAUCUACAACAUACGGACAGCACAGCUGAUUCAUAGGUUUCCUGCGGAUCCGCAGCGCAGCACCGUUCUCUACAUGGACUACAACAGCACGGAUGAGUAUAUAGCCGCCGUGCGCGAGGGCGGCAGCAUCAAUAUCCUCGGCACCAAGACCAAGCUCAAGAUGAACACCUUCACCAUCGAUGGCGACUCCACCCUGGUACGCUUCCAUCCCAGCAAGCGCUUCCAGCUCUCGAUUGCUUCGUAUAAGGGAGCCGUAACCGUGUACGAUGUCCAGGGCAAGAGGAAAAUCUUCCAUGCCAGCGAGGCGCACAGCGCUCCCUGCCGGGACAUCAGCAUGUGCUCAUCCCAGCCUGCGCUGCUGGUCAGUGUGGGCUAUGAUUGCAAGAUCAAUAUCUUCGAUAUACGACGAAAUAGAGCGCAGGCUUCGACAGAUCGCCUAAGCUACUCCCAUCCCCUGUCCACGGUGGCGCUCAGUGAGUGCGGCACUUACUUCUGUGCCGGCAAUCUUAAGGGUGAGCUAAUUGCCUACGAUAUGAGGAGCACCAAGGCGCCGUUGGCCGUGAAAAAGGUUCACGAUGGCGCUGUGACCCGUGUGGCUUUUGUUCCUCUAUCCAGCGAGGAUAAUCCGCAAAUCGGUGGUCUAAAUAACUCAGGAGGUCUUAGUGCCCUGGCGCAAGAUACUCCUCGCGUAGAGCGUGCCCCCAGUGAUGAGCUUCGCAAAUCCAUUGCGGCAAAUCUGCUGACCACGCAGCAGCAGCUGAACAACAUGGCAAGCAUGGGCUAUGGCAUGGUUACGCCGGUUAAUACCGGACCGCGACGGGAUUCGUUCUGUGACUUCCUGGAUGCCCAGGGUCCGAGGGCAGUGGAUCGCAUGUCCACACGGUUCAGCACUUCUCACAGGGACAGCUUCGAUUGGGAGACCCUCAACCGCAGGUCCAAUCCCAAUGAAACUGCCCAGCAUCAGAGUAUGAGUGCAGGAGGAGGAGGAGGAGGAUCUGUGCCCAGCUCGGUCGAGAGCUCGUGCAACAACACUACAGCGGAGUCACUGCAGCAGACCUUAAGCGGUCCCCUUAAGGAUCGCAGCAACCACUCCGGCGAGGUGAAGCUUAUGAAGAUUGCCGAGACCGAUGAGCAUGGCGAGGAUCAGUCAUCUCAUGUUUCCGUGACCAGCAGCCCAGGCACUGGCAGCGACAAGGAGAAUCCUCCGCUUCCAGUGGACGCGGAUAUGCAACAAAGGCUGCGCCUGCUCUCCUCCAGCCGUAAUAGCACACCGCAUCAUGCCAAUGUCACUCCACAGUCCUCGAAUACCGACUUGAAGCCACAACAGCUGCUGGCCAAAUCUUCCAGCGGUCUAUCCUCUGUGCAAAUGGAUGGCGUCGAUUGGCGCAAGGAGAUAAGCGAACUAAAGGAAUUUGUCGACGAACGCUGCGGCUAUGUGGAACGCGAAUUGGAAUAUAUAGCAAACUGGAACCAUCGGCAGAUGGUCAACCAUUUGGCCAACUAUUCGAAGCAACAGCUGCAGAAUACGCAGGACAUACGCGACGGUUUGGCCCAUCUCCUGCGAGCCGAUGACUUUGUCCGCGAGUUUCAUCACCUACAACGGGAAAAUGCACAGCUGAGAGCAAAGUUGGACUUUUACAAAAAGAAGGAGGAAACCGAAUCCGCAGGACAAUGAGCUAAGUUUUAUUUAUUUGUCC